AUGCGUGCCCCCAUAGUCCUCCUCGCCAUUUGGGCUGUCCUCCUCGCAACCUUCAGCAUGGCCGCCAACGAACCCAAGUCCAUCUCCCACCGCAACGUCGCCGACAAAGCGAAUAUGAUCGUCACCGGAUGUCCCUGGAGCGUGAGAGACCUCCACGAUGUCGUCUCUGGGAUUCGCCAGGUGGUGGGGGAUUGGAGGGUUGUUGUCAAGGAGGAUAAGAAUAUUUGUUAG